AUGCCUGAUACAGUAGAGGUAGCAGAAGUGACACCACUUCCAGAUUCAAGUUAUAAAUAUCCAAACCCAUUAGCAAACUUCACAAAGGGGAUCGGUUAUCCGGAAUGGCACCCAAUUGACACCAAGAAAGAAGUUGGUCAAAUUUUUAGAUUUGGGUUUUACUCCACUGUUGGUGCCUAUGCUUGGUUAUAUUUCUGGAAAAGAACUACAUUUAAAUUAGAAUUACCACUUUCUGUGAUUGGAUUUUUUUCUAUUGCUAAGGGUGUUCAAGACUCAGUUGCUAACAUUAGAGAGAUUAAUGAUUGUUGGAACACAUUUUGGGGGUUGACUGCUGCCAACACAGUUGUUUUGAGUGCAGGUUUCAGAAGUAUGCCACCUAAACAUAAGAUUAUAACCGGUGCUUUGGGUACUUCUAUUGCCACAAUUCUUGAUAGAGCAUACUGGGCACAAUCCACUUCUUCUCCAAGAUUAGACGCCAAAUACGAGUUGGCAAACACGAAUGAAAACUUGCCAAAACAACAAUUCUGGGAUGUUUGGCAAAGAAGACCAAUAACCCAAACUGUGGAGGAAUUAGGUGUUGGUAGAGGAAUUUUCAAACCAUAA